AUGAUUGGCUUUACUUUUAUUUUCUGAACAUUUGCUAAAUUAGCUAUGAGUGAAAGACUACUCUGUAGCCUAUUUGAUUGCCCAGAUUCAAAGGUAAAAAUUAAUUUAGAAAGGAAAUGGUCAAUGUGACCCAGCUUGCAUGACUUCUUACUGUAAUUAUGAUACAAAUUCAUCAGUUAAUGCUCUCAUUCGCAAAGAACAAUCAGAUUGUUAUUGAAAUUGCAUUUAUAUAGACGGCUGCAAAAAAGAAAAGCUUGGAAAUGGAGUUUGUGAUAAUGUGUGCAAUACUAAAAAUUGCGGAUAUGAUUGAGGAGAUUGCGGACAAUGCGCACCUUCAUGUAAGCUCUAUUUAGGCACAAGCGCGAAAUUGUAUCAAAACUGCAAUCCCAGCUGUAAUGUCACAUCUUGCUAUUAUGGACUUGGGACUUGUAAAAAGUGUCACUCUGGGUGUUUUUCGAAUUUAUUAGGUAAUGGGGUCUGCAACCCUGAAUGUGCUUACCCUGAAUGCAACUUUGAUUUGGGUGACUGCAAAAAUUUAGCAUGUGCUCCUGGUUGCUAUAUGUGAAUGAUUGGCAAUUCAAUCUGUGAAGAAGCUUGUCGAGUUGCUGAAUGCAAUUUUGAUAAUUAUGAUUGCGACUGUUCUCCUGGCUGCUUUGAGUCAAUGCUUGGGGAUGGGAAGUGUGAUGAAGCAUGCAAUAAUUGAAAUUGUACACUAGAUAAUCAUGAUUGUGGGGCAUGCGCUAGUGGAUGCUAUCCAGAAAUGCUGGGAAAUGGAAUUUGCGAUUCUGAGUGCAAUAAUUAUGAUUGCGAGUAUGACUAUAAAGAUUGCCAAUGCUCUGAUGGUUGCACUUAUCUAGAUUAUGGAAAGUGCAAGCCAGAGUGCUUAGUAAUUGAAUGCAAUUAUGACAAAAUAAGCCAAUAUCCGAACUCUUGAUGCCAAAACACCUCUUUAGCUAUUUUUUCUUCAUAUCAGCAAAUUAUAAAUAGGAAUUUUAAAUAUGUGGCUCACUUAGAAGAUUGCUAUGCAGCUUCAAAUUAUGCUUGCUCUUUCGACAAAGUUUUUGAUAUGAUAAACUGUUUUCAGGAAUGCAAUAUAACAGAAUGUAACUUUGCAAAUGGUAAUUGCAAUUCAACACAAUCUCAGGAGGAAGAUUGCGCAAGGCCUUACGGAGACGGCAGCGGAGAAAACUGCCUAUCUUGUAAAACUCUAUAUUGGUGAGAACAAGGAUGCACUAGACAAUUAUCAUAUUUUCUAUGACAUUUCCCAGAUGGAUCCUUAGGUAUAAAUAGACUAAGUGAUAUCUCAACAGCAAAAAAUCCACGUAUUUAUUUUGUAUCCGCAUUAAAUACAACCAAUUUUUUUGAAGGUGAUGGCACAGCUAAGUCUCCUUAUAGAUACUUUCUUUUGCCUAUAUAUUUUACUUUGACAACUAAUGCAAUUGUCUAUCUUUUGGAUGACGGAGAUUACGAUUUAGAUUGAGAGGAAUCUUAUUAUUCAAGCUUGCACUUAGGGAUUUUAAAUCUUGGAUUAACAUCGAGGAAUUAUCUCUUUACUCCUUGAAAUUCAUCCCAUGUAACAAUCAAAUUUCAUGACUCAUACACCAUUCUGAUUGAAGCACGAAAUUCUGUAGUAGAAUUCCGCAAUAUCAUAGUGGAGGGAAAAGGUUUUUUGACUUGUAAUAGCAGCAUAUAUUGUGAAUACUGCCCAGUUGUAUAUGCAAACUCAGAUUCUCCUGCUGAGUAUUAUAAUGAUAGACAUGAAAAAAUAUCUGAAUAUUUAUCUUCAACUUGGUGUGCUCCAUACCGAAACGUUUAUAUAAUAAAUUUAAAAAACACCCACUUAAUAUUAACCAAUGUAACCAUACAAAACUAUCGUUUUGGAUAUAAGGGAAUAAUAUCAGCUUCGUGCGGCAGCAAUAUCACUAUGGAGAAUGUAUCAUUUGAUAAUAUAAAAUUAUCAGAGAUAGAAGAUUCUGCAAUUAUUGUUUAUGCUUAUCAGGAUUAUUGUAAAACGCUACCUGCAAAUCUUUACUACAAUCAUGGAAAAGUGAGCAGGUUAAAUAAUGGUUAUGAAUUUAGAGAUCCAAUAAAUUUAAGAGGGUUUUUAUAUGCUCCUAAUAUCACGUCUAUAGUGAUCAAACAUGUGGAGUUUGAAUAUAAUAUGAUAUAUCAGAAUCCGCUGAAUGUCUUGGGUUCAGCCUCUUUGAUAGAGCUUGGAUGAUUCGAAACACUAGUGGUUGAUUCUUGCACCCGUCGAAGCCGGAACGCCUUAUUUGUCCGUGCCUUGGUGAUCAAAAGGGAUCGAUCCAGAGGUCCACAGGCCCGACACGUGUACAAAUAUGGUGGCAGCUCUGGAGUUGGCUACCCCGUAGUGGACGUUAAGCGUUAUAAAUUUUAUAAGGUAAGAUAAGAUUGAUUCUUGCACGUUUUUAUAUAACUACUGCGAGUUGGGCAUUAUCAAUAUACAAAACACUGAAACCCAAUAUGCAAUUGAAUUUAAUGAAAGUUUAAUCUUGAAUUACUCAACCUUUACUCAUUUGCAUAUAAAAAAUACAUCAUUUAUAUCGAAUUAUGGCCAAAAAAAUGGAAUUUUAUCUGCAAAUUGUUCUUAAUCUUAUUUGACAGUAGUUGGGUAGUACCAAUUUCAGAAUUUCCGUCAGAUGAAGAUGUUCGCCUAGUCCUAUUUUUUCACCGGCCUCCUCGUAGUGAUAUGAAAGUUGGAAUUCUUUGGGUCUCCUUCUCGUCGGGCUUGGCCACAGUAUAUCCAUCAGGGCUUCCAGUUAAAAUUUCAAGAAUUUUUUUCAGGCUAAUUAGGCUAGAUGUAGAAAAACAUAGCCUGGGGUGCAACGCAUAGUAUCACACUGGAAUUCCUGAUGGGUCUAGUUGUGUACGUAGACUUCAUCUAGACUGCCCUUUCCAGCUCUAUAUCCAUUUAUUUACAGAGACAAAAAAAAACCUCUGGACUGUAUCACUGUCCAUUUAUAAGCUAGCAAAAAUCUAAUCGGCAUAAUUAAAUAUGCUCUCAAGGGUCUCUGACCGAAAUGCCAUAUUUAAUUAUCCUGCAAAUUAUUUCAAUGAAACUCAGAAUUUCCUAAUAGAAUCUUCGCGGUUUAUAUCAAAUGGAGUUGAAAGCAGCAGUUUGCUAUCAAUCUGAAGUCAAACACAGGAAGAUGAAUUUAUCAAUGGUAAAAACAUAAAUUCGUUAACAUCAGGCGGAAUACCAGUCACUGUCAGAGUUUUACCUCGGUGGUUAGAAAUCAAAAAUCUCACUUUUACAGAUAAUUAUUCAGGAGGCUCUGGCUUAAUAGAAAUAAAACAAAUGGCAAAUAUAGAGAUAAAAGACACUCAAAUGAAUGAAAAUGGUGGAAAUUCAAAUGAAAGUAAGGAGGUAAAUUCGAUAAUCCUAAGAAACUAUGUUAAUAACGAUAACAUUUAUUUGAAGCUUGAAGCACCAAACCCAGUGAUUUUGUCCUGUAAAUCAAUGUCAAUCAUUAGUGCCUCAGUUAAUUUCUUAAUGCAAAGCAUCAAUAUCACUGAUAACUAUUGUGCAAACUCUUCGCCUGCAAUUAUUAUUGAUAGCACACAAGAAAGCAUGAUAUAUAGUCUACAAUCAGAACGAAAUACAGGAAAAGGUAAUACUGGUAUUUGUUUAUCUUUUCAAAACAGCUACUCAGCAUCUAUCAAAAACUCAAAAUUUAUCGGCAACAAGAAUUAUUUGAGCGGAAGUGCAGGAGCAAUUGAAUUCUCGAUCAACAAUGCUUUGACACUAGAAAAUUGUACUUUUAUAGAAAAUAGUGCUGAUCUAGGAGGGGCAUUGUAUUUUUCAGGCCAAAAUCUGGCUAUUAAUGGCUGUCACUUUAUAUCAAACCAAUCACCUGGAUUAUCUGGGGGAGCAAUUUAUUAUAUGUUGCCCCAAACAGUAAGUAGCUACUCAGAACUUACUAUUUCAAAUACUGUUUUCAGAAAUAAUUCUUGCCUUCUUAAUGGUGGAUCAAUAUAUAUAAACAAAAAAUUUUACUCAAGCAUCAAAACAUCCUUAUCAAUUCACGAUACAAACUUUUAUGAAAAUAAAGCUUUCAACGGGGCCUCGAUACAUAUAAGCAAUUUCAUCAAACUGCUGGACAGCUCAUCAAUUAAUAACUGUGUAUUCCAAGCAAAUAAUGCAUCACUCUCAGGCUCGUUUUCGAUUUUUUAUGCUGAUGGAAAACUAUCAAUAAACAAUUCAAAAUUCAUUGAAAAUAAAGGAUUGUAUAGCUCAGCCCUUCAUAUAUCUAUUAAUGAGGACUCUAAAAAUUUUCCUUCAAGAGUAAUAUUAAACUCUUGCAUUUUUCAAAAAAAUUCCGGCCCUAUUAUCAUUUUAAUGGAUGAUGAAAAUAAAAGAUCAAUUUUAGAAACUCAUAAAUGUUUAUUUGAAUAUAACUUAGGCUCAAUUUUUUCUCUGGAUAAUGAUACGCUAGUGGAAAAUGACUCAAUCAUACAACAUGGGCAUUCAGAGGAGCCCGGAGCAGGACUAAUAGUUAUCAACUCUGCAGUCGCAGGUCUUAGAAACACAAUAUUUUAUAAUAAUACAAGCAAAACAAAUGGUGGAGUUGCUGCAUUGAGCUACAACUCUCACUUCACCUGUGAUUUCUGUGAAUUCAAGGAAAAUGCCGCUCUUAAUGUAGGAGGAGUUGUUUAUGCAGAUUCAGAUUCGUUUUUCACUAUCAGAGACUCAAAAAUAAUCAAAAAUUCAUCCAAAGGUAAAGGUUCUGCAUUUAGCAUGAUCCGCUGCCUAAGUAAAAUUUCAGAGAUAAUAAAUUGUGAAAUUAGUGAAAAUCAGUCAGUAGAUGGAGGUGCAUUAUAUCUUCUGUCAUCAGCCAUUGCAUUAGAUUCCUCAAUUAUUCAUAAUAACAUAGGAAAUGAUGAUAACCCAGGAAUUCUAAUGACUUUUUCAUCAGCUAAAAUACAAAAUACUACUUUUUUAGAUCAGCAUGGAAGCCAAGGAUCUUUUGUUCAGCUGAAAUCAAAUAGCUAUGCUUUAAUUCAAAAUUCAAAAUUUUCUAAUGGUUUAAGCAGUAGUACAGGUGCUGCUAUAUUUUCUAUUUCAAGUAAUAUCUCUGUUUUCAAUUCUUUCUUUCAUGAUUUAACUUCAAAUAUUGGAGGAUCCAUAUUUGUUUAUCGAGAAAGCUAUUUGUGAAUAAACGAUACAACAUUUGAAAACUCAAAAGGCUCAGAUAUUGACUCAUAUGAUAGUUUUAUUAAUAUUGAGCAUUCUUUAUUCAUAAAUCCAUCGUUCAGUGCUAUUUAUGGAGAUGCAGAUUAUUUAUUACGCAUUGAAAAUACAGAAUUUCGCAAUGGAUCAGGAAAGAAUGGAGGAGCUAUUUAUUGUUCAAAAUGUGUAUCAUUACUAAUAGAUUCCUGCUUAUUUAGCAAAAACUCUGCAUCAUAUUCUGGAGGAGCAGUCUAUCUUAUCACUGAACAAAGCUCUCCAGUGGACCAUUAUAUGAUAUCCUCUUCAAAAUUUCUAAAUAAUGAAGCUUAUAAUGGUGGGGCAAUCUUUUCUGAAAAUAUUAAUUUGACUAUCUAUUUAUCUGAAUUUACGAAAAAUUUUGCAGAUUCUUUAAGAUCAGAAAAUAAUGAUAAAGGGGUGAUUGAUGGUAUAGGAGGAGGGAUUAAACUUAGCUGUAAAGAUUUUGACAAUUGCUUGCUUAACUUAUCAUCUAACCUUUUUAGCGAAAAUAAAGCAAUAAAUAAUGGAGGAGCAAUCAGCUGAGCUGACAUAGAGCCAGUGUUUGAUAAUAACUCUUUUCAGAGAAAUUCUGCAACUUAUGGAAAUGGCAUUGCUUCGUUUCCGAUUAUGAUGUUUUAUGAAGAAAAUAGAAGCGGUAGCAAUUCACCAACUCGAAUUUUGGAAAAUCCAACUAUCAGCGGAAUUGCUUCAGGCCAGAAAAAUAAUAAGCCAAUGUCAUUUGCUUUAGUUGAUCAUUAUAAUCAGGUUGUCAAAACUGACAAUAUAAGCCAAGCCCAGCUACUUAAUUUAAAUUCUGAUACCAUCCUUUUUGGGGUAACCAUGACUACAGCAUUAAAUGGGAUCUUUAACUUUACAGAUUAUGUUAUCACAGCGAAGCCAGGAACCUCAACCCAAAUUAAAAUUUACACUUCAGCCAUUAAAGAAGCAAAAGGAAAUUCCUACUCUAAUUCAGUUCUCUAUGCAAAUGUCGAUCUUAGGCUAUGCACAUUUGGAGAAGCAACGGUAAACAUAACAUGUUUGGUUUGUGAAGAGUCAUACUAUAGUUUAAAUCCUAAUAAUCGUGCUUGCCUGCAAUGUCCCAAGCAUGCUAUUUGUUAUGGAAAUUAUACAAUGGUGCCUCGUCAUGGGUAUUGGAGAGAUAAUAAAUAUACUGACCAGUUCUGGGCAUGCCCUUAUCCUUCAGCUUGCUUGGGAUCUCCUGACAUUCGUAAUAUAUCAUAUACAGGUGUUUGCAAAAAAGGGUAUAAAGGUAAUAUGUGCCAGUCUUGUGCCUAUGGAUAUUCAAGGCUAUAUAAAAAUGAAUGCAAAGUAUGCCUUGACUCAAGCACGAAUGCCAUAAGGAUGCUAGGGUUUUUUGGCAUAUUUUUUAUUAUUGCUUUGCUUACUAUAAAAGCUUCAAAAAAGUAUAUUUUAAAUUCAUCCACAUUUACUUCAAUAUACAUCAAAAUAUUUUGGAAUUACUUGCAUAUUACAAUCAUUAUUACCACCUUCAAUUUAAAUUGGCCACGAUGAGUGAUGGAAUUUUUUUAUAUUGAACUAAGCAUGAACUAUGUCGGAGAACAAUUAUUUUCUUUUGAAUGUUUAUUGCAGGACUCUAAUGCCAAAAUAGAGAUUUAUUACAUAAAACUUGUUCUUAUCAGCUUCGUUCCAUUAGCGGCAUGAACUUUAUGUUUCAUUUUGUGGGCAUUGUAUUAUAGGCUAAUAAAGCAUGCUUGGAGAUUGUUUUCAGAUGAUUUUAUUUCUUCUUGUAACGAUGACCCCCCCUCAAUCUUCAUGUCUAUUGCAACAAAAAUGCAAUUUUUUAAUAACAAAUUUUCGAUGCGCAUCUUAAAUUUUUCCGUACUUUUUAGUUAGAUAAGUUUAAUAAAAUGGCGAGCGAUGACAAUAGCCGUCCAAAUCUCGAUGAAAAGGUCAUUAACACACCUACAGUAGCGCUGCUUUAUGGUUUUUUUUUGAGAAACUCACCUAGAGAAAAAUGCUGUGUUGCAGAGGCAUGAAGAUUUUUUCGAAAAAUUUUUGUUGCAGUAGACAUGAAGAUUGAGGGGGGGGGUCAUCGUUAUUAUUGUACUUUUUUUAAUUCAUCCAGGAAUUAUUGAAACUCUGUUCAGUAUUUAUAGCUGUAGAGAAAUUAACUCUGGAGAAUUUUGGCUUAAUAUUGAUCUUGACAUACAGUGCUGGACUAAGGAUCAUUUUUUUUACUCGUAUUUAAUAGUUUUACCUGCAAUCUUAAUAUGGGGGAUUGUCAUUCCUGCAACAUGGCUGAUAAAAAUAAUAAAAUAUAAAGUAAAACUAGAAGAAACCGCGGUCAAGUUGAAAUAUGGAUUUCUUUAUAAUGGCUAUAACUCAAAACACUAUUAUUGAGAAUUCGUGAUUUUGUAUUGCAAAAUUUUGUUAAUCAGUUUUUCAGUCUUCUUGUCAAAUAUCUCGAUUUCUGUGCAGGCUCUUGCUGCAACAAUUUUAUUGAUUUUUUUCCUUUUGCUUCAAAAUAGAAAUGAACCGUUUGUAGAAAAGCCCUUAAACAAGAUGGAACUGCAUUCUAGGGUAAUUGUAUUAAUUACAAUUUUUACUGGCCUUUUCUUUUUGACAGAUGAACUGGGGGAUCCUGGGACAGUUUUGAUAUUCCUCAUAACACUUUGCUCAAAUAUUUGGUUUAUUAUUUAUAGUUUAUUAAGAAUCUUCAACGAGCUUUUAAAGUUCGUUAAGGAGAAGCUUUUAUUUAUGGGAAGCAUACUAUUCAGAAAAUCAAGAGUAAAAGUAAAUUAUAUAAUUGAUGAAAGCCAAGUUGACGAUGGAAAAAAUACAAACUUGAAUUAUACAUAUAUCACAUCUACCAGGAUUAUUAAUUCUGCACAGGAAAUUGAGGUCAGUGGCCUAGAAAGUUAUCAAAAUAAUGAAUCUCAUCAGCAAGUAGAGAUUGACCCUUAUCCUUCUGAAAAUAGCGCAUUCACAAGUCAACAAGAAAUUAAAUAA